AUGGAUUUCGGAAACCCGCCACCGAAUAUGUCCAUGCCUCCCCCUGGCAUGGGAAAUAUGGGGCCUCCAAUGGGCCCGCCGGGUCGUAACAAUAUACGCCCUAACUUUAGGCCAUUCAACACAUAUCAGAUGCGUUUUCCACCUCAAGGUCCACUCAAUAUGACACAAGAUGAUUUCGACGGUAAACGUUUACGUAAAUCUGUCAUGCGUAAAACUGUAGAUUAUAACUCUUCUAUUAUUAAGGCUCUCGAAUGUCGUGUUUGGCAGCGAGACUGGAGAGAUAGGCAUGUGUUGCAGCCCGAUGCUAUGUAUACUCCUGACUUACUUCCCCCUCCAUCUUACCCUGACAACCCUAUUAAUGCAGUUACCACACGAUUUGUUAAAACAGCAACAAACAAAAUGAGAUGUCCAAUUUUUGCUGUUGCAUGGACACCCGAAGGGCGUAGGUUAAUAACAGGGGCUUCAUCUGGUGAAUUUACAUUAUGGAAUGGAUUGACAUUUAACUUUGAAACUAUACUACAAGCCCAUGACUCUCCCGUAAGGUCUAUGGUAUGGUCACAUGGAGAAGGCUGGAUGGUAACUGGAGACCAUUCUGGCUUCAUUAAGUAUUGGCAAAGCAACAUGAACAAUGUUAAAAUGUAUCAGGCACACAAAGAGGCUGUGCGAGGAAUAAGUUUUAGCCCAAGUGAUUCCAAAAUAGUAACAUGUUCUGAUGAUGGUACACUACGAAUAUUUGACUUUUAUAGAUGUCAAGAAGAAAGAAUCUUGCGAGGCCAUGGUGCUGAUGUGAAAUGUGUACAAUGGCACCCAACUAAAGCUCUUAUUGUAUCUGGAAGCAAAGAUAAUCAACAACCUAUAAAACUCUGGGAUCCUAAGUCUGGAACAGCUCUCUGUACUCUACAUGCACAUAAAUCAACAGUUAUGGACUUAAAAUGGAAUGAAAAUGGGAAUUGGCUUAUAACAGCUUCGAGAGAUCAUUUACUUAAAUUAUUUGAUAUAAGAAAACUAGGCACUGAAUUACAAAUAUUUAGAGGUCACAAAAAAGAAGCAUCCAGUGUAGUUUGGCACCCAACACAUGAAGGAUUAUUUUGUUCUGGUGGGUCUGAUGGAGCUAUUUUGUUUUGGAAUGUUGGCACUGAUAAAGAAGUUGGCUGUAUCGAAGGUGCACAUGAAUCAAUUGUGUGGACAAUGGCUUGGCAUCCUUUAGGUCAUAUAUUGUGUUCAGGCUCAAAUGACCACACUUCAAAGUUUUGGACUAGAAAUCGUCCAGGUGAUCAGAUGAGAGAUAAAUAUAACUUAAAUACAUUACCACCAGGAGUGCAAGAUGAAAGUGAAAUAGAAGAACCUGGAACUAUACCUGGAAUGGGACCUGAAGAUACAGUGGAAAUAUUUUCAACCGACACUGAUAAAAUUAUUCCUGGUUUAGAUUUAGAUACCACUCAUAUACCAAUGGAGUUUGAAAAGAAGAUUAAGAAAGUCCCGUACAGUAAACCCAUACCAAGAAACUUCCAGGCUCAAUGGAACCAUGGACCAUCAAUGGAUGAUUCAUCUUCCGAAGCUUUGACUCAAGUGCUAGUAGAAUCUGUGCCAGGGGCUGUGCCUCUACAACAGAUACAACCUUCUGCUAUUUUUGUAUAUGGAAAACUAAUACCAGUUGAACCAGGCUCCAAACUUGAACAAGCUAUCUCAGAGGGUCCAAUUGCAUUAAAAAGGUACAUAGCUACAGGAGAAAUUGAAGAACUGCAAGAUAUGAUGCCGCACCUAGAGGAUGAUGCAGAUGACGAAAACUUUACACCAUUUGAGUAUCCAAGUAAUGACCCCGAGACUGAAGAAACAGAGGGUGAAACUAAGGAAAAAGAGGAUUAUGAGGAGGAGCAGUAUUAUGAUAAUGAAAUGGAUACUAGCAGCCAGACCAAUCAGGAUAAAUUUAAGAAAUUUGAUAAUGGCCCAGAUAUGGGUAAGAUGAUGCCCAUGAACAAUAUGCCCCCAAUGAUGGGACCACCAAUAAAUAUGGGUAUGAGGCCACCUAUGGGACCACCUAUGCAUAUGAGUCCAAUGCAUAUGCGCCCUCCUCAUAUGGGUGGAAUGCCACCAAUGGGAAACAUGCCUCCAAUGGGCAACAUGCCACCCAGAGGGAAUAUGCAACCAAUGGGCAAUAUGCCACCCAUGGGUAAUAUGUCAAUGAACAAUAUGCCACCUCGAACCCCUUACCAAGACAAUGGUUACAGUAAAGGUCAAUAUGAUCAGUAUAAUCAGGAGAAUGAGUAUAAUGAAGAGGAAAGUUAUGACCAGGAAUAUGAGGAGGAGAAUUACAAUGAAGAAGGGGAAAAUGAGGAUUAUAGACAGAACCAAAGGUGGGGAGGUUAUAGAGGUAGGGGUAUAGACAGAGGACGGGGUCAGGAUAGAGGUCAAGGCAGAGGGCGAGGUAUGGAUAGAGGAAGGGGACUGGAUAGAGGCAGAGGACGAGGGGUCAACGGCUUCAGCGGUCGCGGCAUUCGCGGUAGGGGUUCGCCACGUGGUCCUAACUGGGGUCGUCGUGGUGGCUCAGUGAACCGAUCCUUCCGGAGGGGCAACAAACAGCCCAACUAG